AUGGAGGAAAACUUGGUUCAAGAACUCAACAAGUGUAUAAAUGAGAAAUUUUCUGGAGCCGUUUUGAGCAGAAAUGGUCUUGCAAUUGCAGUCGCUGGAACGAUCUCACCGGAAGAAGAAAGGCUGGUCUGCGAAUGGACAGGUUCGGUUCCUUCAGAAGUCUUGUACAUUCCUAAAUCUAACAAGAAAAUCUUAAUCCACGAAAAAGAAUCUUAUGUUCUUGGUUUGGCAUACCGUAACCCAUGA